GAUUUACGGAUUUCUUUAAUUCAGCAUAAAAGUUUUGUUACUUUCUCUUUCUUUAAAUACACUGCACUUUUCAACAUUAUUAAAAAUUUAUUUUCUGUAACAACACGCCAUUAUCUGAGCGGAAAAAAUGAGUGAAGAAAAUUACCGUAGUGCCACAAAAUCUCAUGACCCCGGCUGGAAUGAUCCCCCGAAACUAGGCUACUCCCCAUCAUCGGUGGCUAGCUCUGGCCAAACCUCGAAGCUCAAUCUGAACAAACGCGUCGCUUUUCCCACUUCCGGUGGACCACCUGCAACUGCCUCUCCCGGUGCACCGGCAGCAACAAGCUCGGGUGCAAGCUCUCUGCCACAGUUUGUCCCAUCUGCUUCCCUACCACCGUCGUCGCCUUCAGUGACCCCCAGUGCUCCUCCAGUGGGUCAGCUCACGGUUGGCACACCUCCCAAAGCAAUCGCCAUGCAGCUUUCGAAGUCAACGACCAACUCCGAGGAUGGUGGUGAAUAUCCGGCGAAGCCGGAGAUGUUGGUGUACGUUCGUGAUACCUUGGAAAAAUGCGUUCUAAAGUUAGAGACAUCCAAGCAGGCGGAUAUCCGCAAACGACUAUCUGUGAUCGAACAGAGCUGGGCGAACGAAAAGCUCGGUGAACCUUUGCAACGAAAGCUGUACCGAUUGGCUCAAGCACUGACAGACGGCAAGCCGAACGAAGCUAACGAAAUGCACCGCUCGAUAGUGCUGGACCAUGGGCGUGACUGCGUACAGUGGGCACCGGCUUUAAGGCAGCUGGUGAUGGCAUUGCCCAAGCAGGCGGAACUCCCGAAUGGAGAAAGUGCGGAAGCGGGGGCUAUCCUGAAACCUAUCUAGUGAUUUAGUUUACAUGUUUUUGUUUCGCUAACAAUAAAG